CCCCGCUCGCCUAUAAGGAGCUGUCCGCCACCCCGGUGCUGAUUCCAGCUCUCGCGCCCGAAGAGGUGGAUUUGGCUGUCCACCGAGCUCCGGCGCUUGUCGUUCUAAUUGGGUUUGGAUUUGCACCGUUAAGGAGGGGGGAAGAGAAGGAAGAGGCGGGCGAGGAAGGCGAGUCCAGCUAGCGGCUGUUGCGGGGACCGUAGCCCCAGCUGCAGCUCCGGAGACUCCCCCGCCACGGUUUCGGUGGAGCGUCUGGGCACGGGAUGGUGUGAAAGAGCAAGUGCCUCUCCAAGGGGGGGUGGGAGGGGGUCAGGCCGUGCAGAGAAGAGAGAGAGCGAGAAGAAGCCGCGGCUGGCGACUGCGAAUUUGGGAUUCCAUUGGGAGGGACCGCUCACUCGGGGGAAAUGGAUUCUGUACCACGGCUGACCAGCUUUUUGACUUUGCUGUUCUCCGGCUUGUGGCAUUUAGGAUUAACAGCGACAAAUUAUAACUGUGAUGAUCCACUAGCAUCCCUCCUCUCUCCAAUGGCUUUUUCCAGUUCCUCAGAUCUCACUGGCACUCACAGCCCAGCUCAACUCAACUGGAGAGUUGGAACUGGCGGUUGGUCCCCAGCAGAUUCCAAUGCUCAACAGUGGCUCCAGAUGGACCUGGGAAACAGAGUAGAGAUUACAGCAGUGGCCACGCAGGGAAGAUACGGAAGCUCUGACUGGGUGACGAGUUACAGCCUGAUGUUCAGUGACACAGGGCGCAACUGGAAACAGUACAAACAAGAAGACAGCAUCUGGACCUUUGCAGGAAACAUGAAUGCUGACAGUGUGGUGCACCACAAGCUACUGCACUCAGUGAGGGCCCGAUUUGUUCGCUUUGUGCCCCUGGAAUGGAAUCCCAGUGGGAAGAUUGGCAUGAGAGUCGAGGUCUACGGAUGUUCCUAUAAAUCAGACGUUGCUGACUUUGAUGGCCGAAGCUCACUUCUGUACAGGUUCAAUCAGAAGUUGAUGAGUACUCUCAAAGAUGUGAUCUCCCUGAAGUUCAAGAGCAUGCAAGGAGAUGGGGUCCUGUUCCAUGGAGAGGGUCAGCGUGGAGACCACAUCACCUUGGAACUCCAGAAGGGGAGGCUCUCCCUGCACCUCAACUUGGAUGACAGCAAAGCGCGGCUCAGCAGCAGCCUGCCCUCUGCCACCCUGGGCAGCCUCCUGGAUGACCAGCACUGGCACUCAGUCCUCAUCGAGCGGGUGGGCAAGCAGGUGAACUUCACGGUGGACAAGCACACACAGCACUUCCGCACCAAGGGCGAGACGGAUGCCUUAGACAUUGACUAUGAGCUUAGUUUUGGAGGAAUUCCAGUACCAGGAAAACCUGGGACCUUUUUAAAGAAAAACUUCCAUGGAUGCAUCGAAAACCUUUACUACAAUGGAGUAAACAUAAUUGACCUGGCUAAGAGACGAAAGCAUCAGAUCUAUACUGUGGGCAAUGUCACUUUUUCCUGCUCCGAACCACAGAUUGUGCCCAUCACAUUUAUCAACUCCAGCGGCAGCUAUUUGCUGCUGCCCGGCACCCCCCAAAUUGAUGGGCUCUCAGUGAGUUUCCAGUUUCGAACAUGGAACAAGGAUGGUCUGCUUCUGUCCACAGAGCUGUCUGAAGGCUCGGGGACCCUGCUGCUGAGCCUGGAGAGUGGAAUCCUGAGACUCGUGAUUCAGAAAAUGACAGAACGUGUAGCUGAAAUCCUCACAGGCAGCAACUUGAAUGAUGGCUUGUGGCACUCAGUUAACAUCAACGCCAGGAGGAACCGCAUCACGCUCACUCUGGAUAAUGAAGCAGCACCCCCAGCUCCUGACAGCACUUGGGUGCAGAUUUAUUCUGGAAAUAGCUACUACUUUGGAGGGUGCCCCGACAAUCUCACCGAUUCCCAAUGUUUAAAUCCCAUUAAGGCUUUCCAAGGCUGCAUGAGGCUCAUCUUUAUUGAUAACCAGCCCAAGGACCUCAUUUCAGUUCAGCAAGGUUCCCUGGGGAAUUUUAGUGAUUUACACAUUGAUCUGUGUAGCAUCAAAGACAGGUGUUUGCCAAACUACUGUGAACAUGGAGGAAGCUGCUCCCAGUCCUGGACCACCUUCUAUUGUAACUGCAGUGACACAAGUUACACUGGUGCCACCUGCCACAACUCCAUCUACGAGCAAUCCUGUGAGGUGUACAGGCACCAGGGGAACACAGCUGGCUUCUUCUACAUCGACUCGGAUGGCAGCGGCCCACUGGGACCUCUCCAGGUGUACUGCAAUAUCACCGAGGACAAGAUCUGGACGUCGGUGCAGCACAACAAUACAGAGCUGACCCGAGUGCGGGGUGCCAACGCUGAGAAGCCCUAUGCCAUGGCCUUGGACUACGGGGGCAGCAUGGAACAGCUGGAGGCCGUGAUCGACGGGUCUGAGCACUGUGAGCAGGAGGUGGCCUACCACUGCAGGAGGUCCCGCCUGCUCAACACGCCGGGUAAGGCCUCUGCAUGCAUGACCACAGUGAGAUAGAUGGGACCCUCAGACCUGGAGUAUUAGGCAAAGGAAAAUUUGCCGAGAAGGGGGCUAUAGUUACCAGUAGUCACUGUGCACUGGAGAGAAACACAUCAGGAGGGGUCUGGUUAUGUAGUUAUCCUGGCUCUGAAAUUCAGGAUGGAAGCUAGAGUGAGU